CCUCAAACAGUCCGUCCCGUGGGUUCGCCGGAAACAGCAAUCGCGCUGGCCGCGAGUUGCAGAUCCGUCGACCCCUCGUCUUCCCCGCUGCUGGCAGUGGUUAAACCACAGCGAUUUGCAGAUCCAGCGACAACGGUGGCGGUGGCGAUGGCGAAGGCGAAAUUCGGUUGGCUUGUGCGACAGGCGUCCGAGCAACCCUUCUCCGACGCUCGGUGACAGCCGGUCACCGCGUCUUCUCGGUCCCUGGCGCUCGACGGCGAAGGGAACAGGCGACGAUGGAGGCGAGAGGAAGCCGGCGGCUGCUGGAGAAGGCGACGCAGCGGCGGAGGCAAGAGGGAGCCGGCGGUUGCUGGAGAAGGCGACGCCGCGGCGGGGGUCAGAGGGAUCCGGCGGUUGCUGGAGACGCGGUGGAGAGAGAGAGAGAGAGAGAGAGAGUAGGUGAGGGAAAAUGGGUGAGAAAUUUUCAACCUUCAAAACAAUGAAAAUAUAGCGAUAUUUUCAUUGUCAAUUUAUCGCGAUUUCUCCUGUACGUCAACUUGCGCGUGAUUGAAUACGUACAAGUAGCAACUCGUGUGUGUAUAUAUAUCUGACACAAACUUCAAACCCCCUCGCCUCGAAUCCUUCUGAAUCCUUCCACCUCUCUCUCUCUCUCUCUCUCUCUCUCUCUCUCUCUCUCUCUCUCUCACAUAUACCAUGUGUAAAUCAUCUUCUUCUCCUCUUCCCGAACUUCCCUUGGAAGAACAUGAAGGCGAGACGUUCAAUCUCUUGAAGCCUCAUCAUAAGCAGCAGCAGGAAGAACAAAUUCCCAAUGAAUCCCAUCUCUCCCUGAGCAUUUCCGAAGCCAAAUGCAUAGCCAACAUAGCCCUUCCCAUGAUACUAACCGGCGUUCUACUCUACUCUCGUUCCAUGAUCUCCAUGCUUUUCCUCAGCCGUCUUGGCGAGCUUUCUCUUGCCGGCGGAGCCCUCGCCGUCGGGUUCGCCAACAUCACUGGCUACUCCAUCCUCUCUGGACUCGCCAUGGGAAUGGAACCCAUUUGUGGCCAAGCUUUCGGAGCCUCAAGGCUGAAGCUUCUCGGCCUCACCUUGCAGAGAACAAUCAUUCUUCUUCUCUUGACUUCGGUCCCCAUAGCUUUCCUUUGGCUCAACAUGAAGAAAAUCUUGCUCUUUUGCGGCCAAGAAGAUGAAAUUGCAAGCCGAGCUCAAGACUACAUUUUUUACUCUCUUCCUGACCUUUUGGCGCAAUCUCUUCUCCACCCUUUACGAAUCUACCUUCGAACGCAAUCGAUCACGCUUCCUCUAACAAUUUGCGCGGCUUUUGCCAUUCUUCUUCACAUUCCCAUCAAUUACUUUCUAGUUUCGGUUCUGAAAUUGGGAAUCAAAGGAGUGGCUUUAAGCGGAGCGUGGACGAACUUCAAUCUCGUGGCGACGUUGAUAAUAUACAUUAUAGUCUCUGGCGUUUACGAGCAAACUUGGAAUGGGUUCUCUUCAGAGUGCUUGAAAGGCUGGAAACAGCUCAUCAAUCUAGCGGUUCCCAGCUGCAUUUCAGUGUGCCUUGAAUGGUGGUGGUACGAAAUCAUGAUUUUGCUUUGUGGGUUGCUGGCAAACCCUAAAGCAACCGUGGCAUCCAUGGGAAUUCUGAUCCAAACCACAGCUUUGAUCUACAUUUUCCCAUCUUCUCUUAGCUUUGGAGUGUCAACAAGGGUUGGAAACGAACUGGGCGCCAACCGGCCCCGGAAGGCGAAACUCGCCGCCAUCGUCGGCCUCUCUUCCAGCUUCAUGCUGGGAUUUUCAGCACUAACAUUUUCCAUCAUGGUAAGAAAAGUUUGGGCCACCAUAUUCACUCAAGAUGCAGAGAUUAUCACUUUAACAUCGAUGGUUUUACCCAUAAUCGGACUCUGUGAGAUCGGGAACUGCCCACAAACAACAGGCUGCGGCGUUUUGAGGGGAACGGCGCGGCCAAAAAUGGGUGCAAACAUCAAUCUCAGCUGCUUUUACUUUGUGGGUAUGCCGGUUGCGGUGUGUCUGAGCUUCUUCGCCGGCUUCGGCUUCCGGGGACUGUGGCUAGGGCUUUUCGCCGCUCAGGGUUCGUGCAUGGUGACCAUGUUGUUCAUGCUGAUUCGAACAGACUGGGAGCAUCAAGCCCGCAGAGCUAGAGUUCUUACUGGAACUAUAGGAAUUGGCGGUGAGGCCAAUGGUUCGGAUGAACGAGAAAGUAGGGAUUCUUUGAAUUCUUUCGAUAGUAUAAAGAUUGAUGAUUCACUUGUUUAGAUUUAAUUGAUGUCGAUCAGUGAAAUAAUUUUUGGCACAAAGAAGAGGGGUUUCGAGGAGGGUAACUAUCUUUUUGGGUUGUUCGUGUUUUUUUCAACGUUGCCUUCAAUCGCUGAUACAAUUGAAAGUA